CCCGCUCCGGCCGGAAACGGGCGCUUGUUUCCGGCCGGACGGCCGAAAGCCACCGAUCCUGAACCAGCCGCUGGAGUCGGAGUGGUGACCCGGUGUGGAGCCGGCGGAAAGCCGCUGGGAAGAGGCCAGCUUCGGUCAGUCCCGGCUUGGCUCCAGCUCCAGUUCCUGUGGAGAGCAACAGUCGCGGUCGCAGUGUCCGCCUCCAUCGUCGUCGGGGGAGGGGCCGCUCGGACCCCGGGGUCACUGCCGAGGAAUGAGGAGAGGCGGCCGGGCCCCGCGCUCCGCCCCGGCCUAGAGCCUUGCCCUGAGAGUCGCGAGGUGCACCAGCCUGUGGAGAAAUCGCAAGACUAUGGCGGGGUUCUGCUCAAAAGCUUGUGGGCAAAGCCUGGAUUUUGAUCUAUGUUCUGCUCACAUCCUGCUGCCUGAGAGUACUUGAUGAUCCCAUGACCCUGGACAUGGAUGCUGUCCUGUCGGAUUUUGUCCGUUCCACAGGUGCAGAGCCAGGGCUGGCCCGAGAUCUUCUGGAAGGAAAAAACUGGGAUGUGAGUGCUGCCCUCAGUGACUUUGAACAGCUACGUCAAGUCCAUGCUGGGAACCUGUCCCCACCCUUUAGUGGAGGGAGUAGUUGCUCUAAGACCCCUGAAAAAGGGUGUGCUGAUAGAGAGUCCACUCGCCCUUCUCGACCAGUCCUCCAGAGACAGGAUGACAUCAUUCAAGAAAAACGCCUGUCUAGGGGCAUCUCCCACGCCAGUUCCAGCAUUGUCUCCCUGGCCCGGUCCCAUGUCUCCUCCAAUGGUGGGGGUGGGGGGAGCAGUGAGCACCCCCUGGAAAUGCCCAUCUGUGCCUUCCAGCUUCCAGAUCUAACUGUGUACAAAGAAGAUUUCCGAAGCUUCAUAGAGAGGGACCUCAUUGAGCAGUCCAUGCUGGUCGCCCUGGAACAGGCAGGGCGUUUGAAUUGGUGGGUCAGUGUGGACUCCCCCUGUCAGAGGCUGCUUCCUUUAGCAACUACUGGAGAUGGAAACUGCCUGCUGCACGCAGCCUCUCUUGGGAUGUGGGGUUUCCAUGACAGAGAUUUGGUGCUGAGGAAAGCUCUGUAUGCACUGAUGGAGAAGGGUGUCGAGAAGGAGGCAUUGAGAAGGCGCUGGAGGUGGCAGCAAACACAGCAGAAUAAAGAGUCAGGACUGGUGUAUACCGAAGAUGAAUGGCAGAAGGAAUGGAAUGAAUUGAUCAAGCUUGCCUCAAGUGAACCCAGAAUGCAUCUGGGUACCAAUGGAGCCAGUGGUGGUGGAGUGGAGAGUUCAGAGGAGCCGGUGUACGAGAGCCUGGAGGAGUUCCAUGUCUUUGUCCUUGCUCAUGUGCUCAAGAGGCCCAUCGUGGUCGUAGCAGACACCAUGCUGAGGGACUCCGGAGGGGAAGCAUUUGCCCCUAUUCCGUUUGGGGGGAUCUAUCUCCCGUUGGAGGUCCCAGCUAGCCAGUGUCACCGAUCCCCUCUGGUGCUCGCCUAUGAUCAGGCCCACUUUUCUGCACUUGUGUCGAUGGAGCAGAAGGACAGUGCCAAGGAACAAGCUGUGAUCCCGCUCACAGAUUCAGAGCACAAGCUGCUGCCCCUGCACUUUGCUGUGGACCCAGGAAAGGGCUGGGAGUGGGGCAAAGACGAUAACGACAAUGUCCGAUUGGCCAGUAUAAUGCUGUCCCUGGAGGUCAAAUUACACCUGCUGCACAGCUAUAUGAAUGUGAAGUGGAUCCCACUGUCAUCUGACGCACAGGCUCCUCUGGCCCAGCCCGAGUCCCCCACAGCCUCAGCUGGAGACGAGCCCAGGUCCACUCCUGAGUCUGGGGAAUCAGACAAGGAGUCAGUUGGCAGCAGUUCUACCGGCAAUGAGGGCAGCAGGCGGAAAGAGAAGGCAAAGCGAGACCGGGAGAAGGACAAGAAGAGAGCAGAUUCCGUGGCUAACAAACUGGGCAGCUUUGGCAAAACCCUGGGCAGCAAGCUUAAGAAGAACAUGGGGGGCCUGAUGCAUGGCAAGAGCCCCAAGCCUGGAGGGCUGGGGAGUGGGUCUGGGGUCAGCAGUGGUACCGAAACCCUAGAGAAGAAGAAGAAGAACAAUUCACUGAAGAGCUGGAGAGGUGGCAAGGAGGAGGCCGCGGGGGAUGGGCCUGUGUCAGAGAAGCCCUUGUCUGAGUCUGUUGGCAACGGAGGGAGCAAGUAUAGCCAGGAGGUGAUGCAAAGCCUGAGCAUCAUGAGGAUCGCAAUGCAAGGGGAGGGCAAAUUUAUUUUUGUUGGAACCCUGAAGAUGGGCCAUCGGCACCAGUAUCAGGAGGAGAUGAUCCAGCGCUACCUUGCAGAUGCUGAGGAGAGAUUCCUGGCAGAACAGAAGCAGAAGGAAGCUGAAAGGAAGAUCAUGAAUGGAGGGUUAGUUAGUGGGCCUCCUCCAGCCAAAAAGCCAGAGCCAGACGGUGGAGAGGACCAGCCCAGUGACUCCCCAGCAGAGUCCAAGGCACUGGCAUUCUCUACUGGUUACCCUGGGGGCUUUACUAUCCCUCGACCCUCUGGGGGUGGAGUCCACUGCCAGGAGCCUCGGAGGCAGUUGGCAGGGGGUCCAUGUGUAGGCGGCCUUCCAUCAUAUGCCACCUUCCCCAGACAGUACCCUCCUGGGCGACCCUACCCCCACCAGGACAAUAUCCCAUCUCUGGAGCCAGACAAAGAUGGAGUGCACAGGGGUGCCUUGUUACCACCCCAGUUCCGUGUGGCUGAUUCCUAUAGCAAUGGCUACAGAGAGCCUCCCGAGCCAGAUGGAUGGGCUGGAGGUCCCAGGGGGAUUCCCCCAACCCAGACCAAAUGCAAACAACCGAACUGCAGCUUCUAUGGACACCCUGAGACAAACAACUUCUGCUCUUGCUGUUAUAGGGAAGAGCUGAGGAGGAGGGGGCGGGAGCCCAGUGGGGAGCUGCUGCACAGGUUCUGAAUGGUAGAACCUCAGCCGGAAAGGGGCAAAACAAAGAAAGCUAAGCUCAACUCUGGCUCAAGACCCAGCCCCUAUAUUGAUGGGGCCAGUGCAGGGAUGUUUGUGGGAGCUGCGGUGCUGGCAGGCUGGCGAGAUCAGGGCAGGGCUAGUACUACCUCAAGGGCUGUACUACUCCACUCAUGCAGAGUUUGACUUGAGACUGCACCACGGAAGGGGAAGACUAUCGCAUAACCUCUCGUGCCGGUCCCAGGGCCCAAGGGAAAAUAGGGAAAUACUUGGUGUGUGUGGGUGGGAGGCGGGUGGAAUCUUGGGGGCGGAGUCUGGAAAGAAAGUUCUCAGUCAAGGAAAGAAUAGACCAAAGUUCAUUGAAUUUAGGAAAAAAGCACAUGGUGGUGGAGUUGGGAGUAUAAAGCGAAUCUGAGAUACUGAACAAUUUUGAUCUUGGUUUGAAUUAGGUAGAUGUCAGGCUUGGGUAAAUUCUCCUUCCGGAAGGGUCAGGCAGUGUGUGCUUGGCCUAGUUAGAAAGGGCCUUUUAAACCCCAGUGAGUGAAAUGGGAGAGGGAGGAACUUGAAGGGGAAUUCUUUUUCCUAGUAAGUUUUAUGUUCUUCUAGAUAGUCACCUGUCAUCCCCAUGUUUCCCUCCUUUUUGAGGACUGAGCUCAGCUAAGCAGUGAUUAAAAGUUUUUAAGAGCAAGUGCUCUUUGGGAGAAAGAAGGGUGGUAAGAGCAGCCUCAUGUGGGGCUGGCUGUCUUCAGGUGGGUGGGUGCAGAGUGAUCUGUUCUAACUACUAAGCAAUAACUACAUGUGGGGGCUGAGUGCACUGAAGAGGGAGGAGGAAGGCCAGAAGCUCGGCCAGACUGUUCGAAACAAUACCAAAAACCUAUAUAGAACACUCCUCUGCUGCUGCAUUUCUGUAGAAAGCAACUUAUUUUACUGACUAAUUUUUUAAAGGAAAAUAAGACCCUGCCCCCCCAAAAAAUUAAAAAUUACUUACUCCCCACCCCCCAUUUAAGUGAUUUUUUUUUUUUCUCUCCUUCCUUUCUACUUCUGGAGAAUUAACUUAACAUCCUGGCUUCUUUUGUUAAGCCAUAGCUGACCUUAAUCUAUGGUUAGUUUAUUAAAAUAAUAAAAAUACUUUGUAAGAAGAAUUAUUUUUGAUAUUAGGACUGGUGUUGAAGCGUGGGAUGGGGUUAGGGGCCAUUUAUAAAGAUAGCUAGAGAAAUAUAUUUUAGUGAACCAUAGCCACAGGCCCAGCUUAGUUCCAGUGAGCUGAUCAGCUUUUGGAUUCCUCCCUUUUCCUGAGCCAACCCUAUUCUCCAGAGGGGUGGAGUGACCCCAGUGCUGAGAGCUCCCUUUGCAGUUUGCACAAAGCACAAGUCUGGACAGUGUAUGCUCUGACCAGAGCCAUUUCUGAGAGCUUUAAACCAGAAGACUAUCCUUCGCCAAUUACCCCUUUUCCAUAUAUAUCCCCCCCCCCCCGGGAAAAAUCAUCUAUGCAAUUGUAUACACAUGUGGCUGCAUAUGAACAAGGGGUGUGAGUGUGCUUACUUGUUCAGAGUGUUAACUGGGUUAUUUCUGUACGUUGUUUGCUGAGGUAUAUCACCACCUACUAAUGGAAUGUAAUGCCCACAUUUGAUCUAAGUCACAAAUAGCGCUGUGUGUGUGUGUGUGUGUGUGUGUGUGUGUGUGUGUGUGUGUGAACUCCUGUCUACCUAGUCAGGAAAAUGGUCUCACACUUCCCCUUGCUAAUAAAGCUAGUUAAGAAUUC